UUUCGUUCCUCUUAAAAGCGUCAGCCUGCAUCGCGCGGCCUUUUCCUGUCUGUGUCAAGGCGGCGCGUGGUGCAAGCGGAGCUACAGGGAGGCUCCGACUGAGUCUUCAGGAUGACCGAGUGGGAGACAGCUGCACCAGCAGUGGCAGAGACCCCUGACAUCAAACUCUUUGGGAAGUGGAGCACAGAUGACGUGCAGAUCAAUGACAUUUCCCUGCAGGAUUAUAUUGCAGUCAAAGAGAAGUAUGCCAAGUACCUGCCCCACAGUGCAGGGCGCUAUGCCGCCAAGCGCUUCCGCAAAGCACAGUGCCCCAUCGUGGAGCGUCUCACUAACUCCAUGAUGAUGCACGGUCGGAACAAUGGCAAGAAGCUCAUGACUGUGCGCAUUGUCAAGCAUGCCUUUGAGAUCAUCCACCUGCUCACUGGUGAGAACCCUCUACAGGUCCUGGUGAAUGCCAUCAUUAACAGUGGUCCCCGGGAGGACUCAACUCGUAUUGGGCGAGCUGGAACAGUGAGACGGCAGGCUGUGGAUGUGUCCCCACUGCGCCGAGUGAAUCAGGCCAUCUGGCUGCUGUGCACAGGUGCCCGUGAGGCUGCCUUCCGGAACAUCAAGACCAUAGCUGAGUGCCUGGCAGAUGAGCUCAUCAAUGCUGCCAAGGGCUCUUCCAACUCCUAUGCCAUCAAGAAGAAGGACGAGCUGGAGCGUGUGGCCAAGUCCAACCGUUGAUUCCCCAGUUGCUGCCUAAUAAAUUGUCUGCCCUUUGGGGCAGCUCCACC